AGGGGAGAGCUGGUGAAAGAGGGAAGAGCUAUGAAAAAGCGAGGGAGAAGGUAAAAAUCACAGCAGCACAGAGGGAAGACAAAAACAAGGAGGAGAGGAAGGAUGAGUGGAGGAGAGAAGGCUGAUCACUGAGGUCUCCGGAGAGGAAAAGUGGAGAGGCGGGGAAGGAGAUGAACAGGGAGAGGAGGGUGAGCAGCAAGCACAGGGAACAUCCAUCAGCUCAGGCAGCCAUGCUCUGAGCCCUGGAGCAGCAGGGCUACGCAGACACUGCACAGGCCCAGGAUCGGGCCCGCCUCAGCCACGAACACCAGGGCAGGGACAAGAGACGAAUCCCCGCCCAUCAGCUGCGCACAAGAGCCAUGAGGACAGCCAGGAAGGGCAGCGUGGAGAUGCCUGCGUUUGUGCGACAGUUGGUGAAAGAGACGGAGAAGAGGGUCAGCUCUUUCUUCAAGGGGAGCCGCGGAGGAGCCGCAGAGGGAGAGCAGCCAGGGGAGGGGGAGAGGGAGGAGGUCAUCCCCAGCCCCUACCUGGACCGGCCUGUCUUGGACAAGCUGGCAGAGGAGGGCUGUGCCCGCUGGGGCCUCACCUACGCCCUGGGAAGCAUGCAGGGCUGGAGGGCCAACAUGGAGGACUUCCACAACUGUGUGCCACAGCUGGGCGGAGAGCUGGCCGACUGGAGCUUCUUCGCCGUGUUCGAUGGCCAUGCAGGCAGCUCGGUGGCACAGCACUGCUCCCAGCACCUUCUGGGUCACAUCCUCGCCACAGGGGGAAUCGGACCAGAGGAUGACCCAGAGAGGGUGAGAGGUGCCCUCAUCGAGGGCUUCAUGCAAACAGACAAGCACUUACUCUCAGCGGCACGUCGAGAAGGCUGGGAGAGAGGAGGCACCACUGUGGUGGGUGCGCUCAUCUCACCGUAUUACAUCUACUUCACCAACUGCGGCGACUCGAGGGCCAUGCUGUGUCGCUCUGGCCAGGUUUGCUUCUCCACCGAGGACCACAAGCCCUACAGCCCUCUGGAGAAGGAGCGCAUCGAGAGCGCAGGCGGCUCAGUGUCCCUCCAGCGGAUCAACGGCUCCCUGGCCGUCUCCCGCGCUCUUGGGGACUUCAGCUACAAGGGGGCGGAGAACCGGACGCCCAGCCAGCAGAUGGUAUCUCCAGAGCCAGAGGUGUGUGUGGUUGAGCGCUCGCCGGCAGAUGAGUUCCUGGUGCUCGCCUGCGAUGGGGUGUGGGACACCAUCAGCAACGAGGAUCUGUGCGCUUUCAUCCAUGACCGGCUGCGUGUCUGCACGGAUCUGAGGGACGUCUGCACUCAAGUCAUUGACCUCUGUCUCUACAAGGGCAGCCUGGACAACAUCAGCAUCAUCCUGCUGUGCUUCCCUGGAGCCCCCCAGCUGUCGGCAGAGGCAUUACACCAGGAGGCCGAGCUGGAGGACCUGCUGGAGUCCAAAGUCGCAGAAAUUUAUGACGAGCUGUGUGCCAGGGGGGAGGAACCUGACCUGCUGUCGGUCCUCACAGUCCUGGCAUCCACUGUAAUCCCUGGAUUACCACCAGGUGGAGGCAUACAGAGCAAAAGGAACUGCAUUAUUUCUGCCUACUAUCAGCGAAGAGAGACACACCAGCCCACAGCACCACAUGGCCUGGGAGGCUCCUGAGGAGCCCCACUGGAUUCUGUCUCCGGGGAUCCACGGAGGGACUGUAACUAUUGUCGGUAUUAAAAACUGUUUUCUUCGUGUGUGCAAUUUGACAAAAAGGGAGAUGAACAGGGGUGUUUGUUUACAUCAUGCUAACAAGUAGCAUCUUGUCAUAACAAAUACAAUGCAAAAAUAGAUCUAGAGCCUGAUACAUUUAUAUUUAUACAAGAAGGACAUUUUGUAAAACUAAACUCAGAGAAAACUGACCCAGCAACAAACCUCUGCCUCAUAUUCAGUGAACAGACAGUACAGAUGAUCGUUUCAAAUGACGGCCUGUCAAGCUAAAUAGUAAUAACCAUCUGUGAACUUGUCCAUUUUUAUUGGACAACAUAAGAAGCACAUGUUGGUUUGCACUUUAAAUAUGAUGUUUUAUGAAUAGAUAUGAUUAAAUAGUAAUUCAAAGAGCUUCAGUUUUACCUUUCAUGUCCAAUAAAGAAAAAUGUGAAAUAUUUUCAGUGCCAGCCAAAAGCUAGCGUGCAGCUAACAUGCAAUAUCAUUAUGUUACAACAGGAAAAGCUAAACAGCUGGACGAAAGAUGGGAGGGCACAAAUUUAUCUUUUGUUUUUAUUUGUUAUGGUUGGAAGUCACAGCUAAAUAAUCAAUGUUUAAUUAAUUUAUUCUGCUAAUUAAGUCUCAACACACACAACAAAAAAAUACAUUUCACAGAUAAUCUAAAAUCUUCUUGAAGAGCUGUUUCUUCUGUAGUUUUUCUGUUUAAACAUGUUGAAUAAAAUCCAUUUGGCCGGGUGUUGUUUGGAAAAUAAGUUACUUGUUAAGAUAAAAGUUAGAUUAUUAACGAAAGAGCUGUAUGGCAUAUUUGUGGCUUGAUUGUGACGAAAACAUUUAAUACGAUUAUCCAAAUACCCUAAGAUGUAUAUUUACCGACCAAUCGAAAAAAAAAUAUGUUAUACAAAUAAGUUCUACAUGUACACAUUUUGUGCAAUUCCUUCUAUAGAUUAAUCAUAUUUCUAAAUCAAAUGUAUUUUUUUUCCAUGAUUUGGAUAAGUAUACUGUGCUGCCUUAUUCAUCAGUUACAGUCUAUAGUGGAUCAAAGAAACAGCAUCAGAAAGGGAUUGUUUCAAGAUGAGUCAUCUGCAUCAUUCUGCUCUAUUAUAUUGUUUCAGUGAGUAAUUCUAUGUAUGGACAUUACAUGUUACGAGUCAUGAUUGUUUUAAACCUAAAUAAAGAAUAUUUGACUGAC